AAGAAAACUCGAAAAGAAAUACAUGAGUGUAUGAUGCAAACAUUGAGUGACAAGUGCCCGUCAUACUCUACUGUGAAGAAGUUCUGUGCCAACUUUCAGUAUGGAGAUUUUGAGAGGCAAGAUGCAGCAGGGUCCGGGGGAAGCUUCAACACUGUCAACUCUGAUUUUAGCAGGUCGGUGAAUCUCAGCUAAAUCGAUUGCUGAGAUGCUAGAGAUGUCCCAGGAGCACAUUGGAUUUAUAAUUUGUGAGCAGUUGGCUGUGCAGAAGCUGUCGACCAACUUGAAGAAGUUAGUUUAUAACUAUAUGAGAAGAUGGUUAGGUCACGAUCAAGAUCUCCAAGAUGGAAGCAAAGAUCUUCAUCGCCUGCCUUCAGGAAUUUGGAUCACAGCAGACAGAGGCACAAUCAUAUUAAUUAUAACUCUGAAUACAAGAUUUCCUGGAAAGACCCAAAAAAGUCUAUGUCUUGGAGAACAGAAGAUGGAAGACAUGGACAAGCUAAUUCUAGAUACGUACCAUAUGAAACUAACCACCACCGACUUUAUGAACGUAGGUCAUAUUCACCAUCACUGAAGAGAAUUCCUAAACAAGAUGUAUAUAGUCAUAAACCUUGUAGAACACAUUCACCUGAAAGAGAUGAAAUUAGCAGAAGAUGCCAGCUUCCUUCCAGAUACUCAGAAAUGUCCCACAAAGAAUAUGAUCAUUCUUUUAAUCCAUCCAAAAUUCGUGUUAGAGAGAUGCAUGAAAACACCAGAGCUACUGGAAACACAAAAGGAAUGAAAACUUUUCAUAGGCCAUUGGAGACUUCAUGUAAAUUUGAGAGGAAGAGGAAUGACAAUGACUUGAGGCACCACCAAUCACCAGAAGACAAGUACACUCAGUCACCUCGAAGAGUGAAUGAAUUUAUGCCAAGGAGCUCUUUCCAGAAGAGGUAUCCUGAAGAUCGUGAGUACAGAGAAUAUUGGCAUACAUAUAAAAGAGCUGAAGAAAUGGAGAGGUAUGAUGAUAGAGAAAUGCCAAGAUAUUCCAAGUGGACACAAGAUCAUGCUUCGACAUCUAGCCAUGAAAAGGGAGAACAAAGAAAUCUUGGUCUACAAGCCCAUCGCCCUGUUGAAAAGGAAUACAGUGGCAAUUUUCAAACCAAGAUAGCCUAUGACUAUAAUCAUAAACGUCACAGAAAUCCAGAUGGAGGAAAGUACAUUUCUGAUGAAAGAGCAGAGAAGUAUAUGAAGUUGGAAGACAAGAAACAUAAUCAUCCCAAAGAAGCUUGGAAUAGGAGAUAUUCAGAUCGCUAUAUCAUUGAGAAAGCAGGCCAGCCAGAAGAACCUCAUACUGAAGUGUCAUUGAAAUAUACUUCUGGGAAAGGCUGCAGUUCAUAUACUAAAUCUUACAAAAAUGAUGCUGAUCUAUUGCCCUUUGAGCAAAAAGAGAAGGAAAAAGUAAAGAAAGAUGUGGAUUUUAGGGAACAAGUAAAUUUUUUCAAUAGUCACCAGCAUGAUACCCAUCAUCAAAGUACAGAUGUGAAAGUUUCAGAUGUCCAUACUAGGAAAGAAAAACUUACAGUCAAAGUGGAUACAAAGAAAAUAAUGAAUAAAUACAGGGGUUCUUCUAGCCAUGUCGUGGAAAGGCAAACAUCACGUGACCUAGUAGCUGUGGGUAGAAAAACUGGAAAUUUCCAUCCAGUAUUUGAACAUUUAAAAUCUGUGACACAGAAGGUAGAACAAAACCCAUCAAAAGAAUUUGCUCAGGAAAUCAUCACAAUUAUUCACCAAGUUAAAGCAAAUUAUUUCAAAUCUUCUGAUGUAACUUUACAUGAACGCUUUUCAAAAAUACAAGAUAAGCCUAUGGAAAAUGAAGUUAAAAGACAUUCAGAUCCAGAAAUUCACAGGAGGAUCGAUAUGUCUUUGGCAGAACUUCAGAAUAAACGAGCUAUUUCAUGUGAGUCUGGACAGAGUGUUGUGAGAGUUCUAGAAGAUCCAAAUGACUUAAGACAUGACAUAGAGAGAAGAAGAAAAGAAAGGUUGAAGAACACAGAUGAGAAUUCCUUUUAUGCUGAUGGUGUGUCACUACAGAAUGAACAGAGAGGCAAUUUUCCAAAGAUACGAACCUCUCAAACACAUGGAUUCCAGAAAUCUUCAAGAUUCCUAAGUGUACCUUUCAGGAAGUUUAUUAAGAAAACUCACAUAAAUCAUUAUUACACUGCAAAAUCACACAAUGACAUUGCACAUAAUCAGUUUGAAGGCAAUACUGAAAAUCCUGAAAGAUUUCGAAGACCAUUCAAGCCCAACUUCAAUGAUGGUCGGUCCCACUUCAAAUCAAACUUGGUACAGAAGGGUUUGUAUAUACAGGCUAAAUAUCAGAGGUUACGUUACGCUGGAGCAAGGGGAUUUACCACUAAUAGAAUGAGAGGAAGAUUUUUGCGGAAACAUCAGGGCCUGGAAAUUUGAGUUGGAAUGUUGAAAUUUGAUGAUGACUGAAGGGGAGCAUCUCUGUGCAUUGACUGUUCUGACAACAAUUGAAAUAGACAAAGCAGAACUAAUACUUUAACUUUUUCUUGAUAAAGAUAAUUUUAUUUUUCAGUAGUAUAAUGUUGCAGAACUUUUUUACAGUUUUAAUAAUGGCUUUUCAGAUAUAGCAUCCAACUGAACAUCAUAGGAUUGUUCCUUUUAGUUCCUCUUGCAGGCAAGUCCAGAAUAAAACAACUGAAGGGAAUCUUUAUUUAUUGAAAACCAUUUUUCCUCUAAGCAUGGUUUUGUUACUAGAACUUGAGUUGUUAUACAUGGAAAUUUAUAUGUUUAAAGUUUAUUGCUUAUAUAAUAAAAAGCCAAAAAGUGCCUGUG